UUGCGGUUCAGGUUCGGUUUCGGGUUUCCGAUUUCUUAUUCCCAUUUGUACAGACCAGACAGACAAAAGAGGGAAACAAGAAGAGCGCUUUUGGACCCCUACUAGCACUAGUACCGAUUACUCUUCCUUCGUCACAGCCGUUUGACCCUUUUGAAAAAACAUGGAGAGGAAGCCAUAGACACACGUAUAGAAUACUCGUGCCGAGGCGGGUUUGCACCUUGCACAGAAAUGCGUUUUCCUUCUCAUCCACUUUACAAGCUCUCCUCUUGUGCGUCUCCCUCAUCCUCAGCCACUCUUUUCAUGGCUUCAAAGCAAUUGUUCAAGUCCACCUUUUCCAACCCAUUAACUACCACUCCUUGUUCACACAACAGGCAACUCCUCAACACUUACAGAAUCCUUUUCUCUGUUUUUCCUUCAAAACCCAGCUCCAGAACUUCACCAUUUUGCCUUAAAACUAAUGGGUGUUACACACUAUCUCAUGCUAAUGUCCCUAGACCCGCUGUUUUGGAGAACGCAGAGGAGAGGAGUUUAGUUGCCAUGAGGAGACGUUUGACGCAGAAAUUGGAGGAGCUUGGCAUGGACAUAGAAAUAUGUACACCAGGGCAGUACAACCACUUGGUUUGUCCCAUGUGCAAAGGUGGUGAUUCUGAGGAAGCGAGCUUGUCGCUGUAUAUCUCACAUGAUUGGAGUUCUGCUUUGUGGAUGUGCUUUCGCGGAAAGUGUGGGUGGAAAGGCAGCACAAUGGCUUCUGCAGGUAGUAGACCAUCCUAUGAGACUCCACAACGUAUCACCAAAGUUAAGAACAUAAGAGAAAUAUCAGUGGAAAGUUUAAACCUGGAACCACUUUGUGAUGAGCUAGUUGGUUAUUUUGCGGAGCGAAUGAUUACAAGGGAGACAUUGCAGAGAAAUGCUGUAAUGCAAAAAUCUUAUGGUGAUCAGAUUGCUAUUGCAUUUACUUACUGGAGAAAUGGAACGCUGGUUAGUUGCAAGUAUCGGGACAUUGACAAGAAGUUUUGGCAGGAAGCAGAUACUGAAAAGGUUUUUUAUGGGCUUGAUGAUAUAGAGGAAACUGAUGAUAUUAUAAUAGUUGAGGGAGAAAUGGAUAAACUAGCAAUGGAAGAAGCUGGCUUCACUAACUGUGUUAGUGUCCCUGAUGGUGCACCUGCAUCAGUUUCGAAAAAGGAUUUGCCACCUGAAGAAAGGGACACAAAGUAUCAGUACUUGUGGAACUGCAAAGAGUACUUAAAGAAGGCAUCGCGUAUUAUACUUGCCACUGAUGGAGAUAACCCUGGUCAAGCCUUGGCAGAAGAGCUUGCACGUCGCCUUGGAAGAGAGAGAUGCUGGCGAGUCAGAUGGCCCAAAAAAAAUGAUGUCGAACAUUUCAAAGAUGCAAAUGAGGUUCUCAUGUAUUUGGGUCCUGAUGCACUGAAGGAAGUAAUUGAGGAUGCCGAGUUAUAUCCUAUUAGGGGAUUGUUCAAUUUCCGAGACUACUUUGAUGAAAUUGAUGCAUAUUAUCAUCGGACAUUAGGAUAUGAAUUUGGUGCCCCAACUGGGUGGAGGGCUCUGGAUGAGUUAUACAAUGUUGUGCCUGGUGAGUUAACUAUAGUAACUGGGGUCCCUAAUUCUGGCAAGAGUGAGUGGAUUGAUGCUCUCUUAUGUAAUCUCAACGAACGUGUUGGUUGGAGAUUUGCACUUUGCUCUAUGGAGAAUAAGGUUAGAGAGCAUGCAAGGAAACUGUUGGAGAAACACAUAAAGAAGCCAUUCUUUGAAGCGCGUUAUGGUGGCUCUGUUGAGCGAAUGAGUAUUGAAGAGUUUGAGCAGGGAAAGCAAUGGUUAAGUGACACAUUUUAUCUCAUAAGGUGUGAAGAUGAUUCCCUUCCAAGUAUAAAGUGGGUUCUUGAUCUAGCAAAGGCAGCAGUUCUAAGGUAUGGGGUGCGUGGACUUGUAAUUGACCCUUACAACGAGCUCGAUCAUCAGCGUCCUGUGAGCCAGACAGAAACAGAGUAUGUCAGUCAGAUGCUAACCAUGGUUAAACGGUUUGCUCAACAUCAUGCUUGCCAUGUUUGGUUUGUAGCGCAUCCUAGACAGUUGCACAAUUGGGUUGGGGGUCCACCCAAUCUAUAUGAUAUAAGUGGAAGUGCACACUUCAUAAACAAAUGUGAUAAUGGAAUUGUAAUCCAUCGUAAUCGGGAUCCAGAGGCUGGUCCUAUUGAUCAAGUUCAAGUUUGUGUUAGGAAGGUACGGAAUAAGGUUGCAGGAACUAUAGGUGAUGCAUUCUUGUUGUACGAUAGGGUUACUGGUCAAUUUUUGGAUGCAAAUGAACCACCGUCUUUGAAGAAGAAAUAGGCAAUAAUGUAACUUGGAAAAGGCCUUGUACAUUAGCAUCUAUUGGAUAUCAGGGCCUGUUGAAUUUCUUGAUUCCGGUGGGUGUUUCUGAAUUCAUGCAUUCAAUGUUGGAAACAGAAGAGAAGAAAACUAAUUGAUGCAUUUUUGGAAUCUGUUGUAACAUAAAAGUUUUAGGUGGAUAGGCUGAAAAUUUUGUUUGAUUUACUAUUGGAGGCAUGUCAUUCAAGUGCUUAUUUGUAUAGAUUUGUUCAUUUGAGAUAUCAAAUUACAUAAAAAUGAUAA